AUGCGUUUCGAUCUGUUGAUCUUUUUAAGCUUUGGAUUUAUCCAAUUGACCAUAGCUCAAGGAAAGUCAAAUCAAACGGAGCUUGAUCAUGUGUUGGAUCGGGUUUUUUCGCGACAAAAGCGCUUUGUGUUAUUUCCACCUGGAUCGAAUUUAAAGUUUACCGGGCAGCUGAGUAAAGGUCUCAUCUCAGCCUAUCCCAAAGGAGUGGCCAUGAAUAUCGAGCAGGCCUGCUAUUAUCCUGUGCCCACAAAACGCGAGGAUGUCUACCCGAAGAGAUAUCGUCAGAGGACGACGACUACGGAGAAACCAAAGACCACAACGGAACCCACUUACGUUUGGAUUCCGGGAACUAACUGGAGAUUUAAAGCGACGCCUCUGAAGAAACCCAAGCCAAUGCACCGCAUCGAUGUGAGGCCCCCAAAACCAACCUAUGUGGAUCCUGCCAAGUGGGCACACUAUUCGAAAUAUGGUAAUCGAUACGAAAACUGGUCGCCAGCGAAUCACAACUAUGAGAAGUACAGCCAACCAGGAAAAUGGAGCAAAUGGACCACGCAGUCGCCAAAAUGGUCGAAACGUUGGUACAGAUCUGCAGGUGGGGAAUAUUACGAUCCCGAGGUGGAACCCUAUGAGGAUGUGAGGUCGCAGCCCUUCGAUGAUCCCUACGAUCCCGAUAUGGCACCCCAUGAAACAGCUCACUAUCCAGAAUUGGCGCAUGUCAAGGAUCUGCGACAUUAUAACGGACAUCGAGAUCGCAGGCAGCUCUUCGAACAUUUCGAUGGGUUUAGUAAGCUUUUGGGAAUCAAUGCUAAGGCCUGUGUUUUAAGGGCCAUUUGUGAUAGUAAGCGUCUACUUCUGCCUCGAGGUUAUUCCAUGAUACAUGAUAUUGUGAGACUGGUUUUUACAUUACCCACCGCAUCUGGCGUGGAGGAUGACUAUUCCCGAAUCAUGCACAUGGAUGCAGAGGAUUGUGAUCGCCAGUUUCGGGACUCGUGUAAGCUGAACAUUCUGGCCUGGCUAAUGGGCGGCAAGUGGAACUAA